UCGCCCUUCCCACUCGCACUUCCUCUUUCCCCUUCACCAUUUCUCCUUAGCAACAAAAAUGGAAGGAAAACCAAAACCCAUUUCCAUUUCCAUUUCCUUCCUUUUUCUUUCCCUACUUGCCAUUUCUGUCUCUUCCACUUCCCUUCAAUACCAAACACUAAACUUACACUCUCUCCCUCAAACUCAACUUCAGUCUCUCUCAUGGGAUACCCAAGACUUAGAAGCCCAACUACUCGGAUCCGACCCGGAUCCGAAUCCAGACACAACACUCUCUGUACAGUUACAUCACGUCGACUUAGCAUCUCCAUCAUCCUUCAAUGCUACACCACAUGCUCUCUUCAAACUCCGUCUCCAACGUGACGCAGUUAGAGCUAAAGCACUUUCACUCCUCGCCGCCGUUAACACCACCGUUCACCGCCGCGCCGGAAAACCCCAUGGUGGUGGCAGAGAUUUCUCUAGUUCUAUUAUUUCUGGACUUUCUCAAGGUAGCGGAGAGUACUUCACGCGCUUAGGUGUUGGCACACCUCCCAAAUUCGCUUACAUGGUAUUAGACACUGGAAGUGACGUCGUUUGGAUCCAAUGUUCACCUUGCAAAAAAUGCUACACUCAAUCCGACCCGGUUUUCGACCCGACAAAAUCCUCUUCCUUCGUUGGUAUCUCAUGUGGGUCCCCUUUAUGCCGACGGUUAGACUCCGCCGGCUGUAACCGUAAAAAAUGUCUUUACCAGGUUUCUUACGGCGACGGUUCUUUCACCGUCGGUGAUUUUUCAACUGAAACAUUAACUUUCGGCCGUUCACGUGUCAAAAACAUAGCCCUCGGAUGUGGACACGACAACGAAGGUUUAUUCGUUGGAGCCGCAGGUUUACUAGGUCUGGGCCGAGGUAGACUUUCAUUUCCAACCCAAGCCGGUCGCCGGUUCGGCCAGAAAUUUUCCUACUGCUUAGUAGACCGGACCGCUUCAUCCAGACCGUCUUACUUAGUCUUCGGUGAAUCAGCGGUUUCUAAAACCGCUGUUUUUACCCCACUUGUUAAUAACCCGAAACUCGACACGUUUUACUACGUGGAGCUAACGGGAAUUAGCGUAGGUGGCACUAGGGUUCCAGCCAUUAGACCUUCAUUGUUUAAGCUAGAUGCUGCUGGUGAUGGUGGGGUUAUAGUGGAUUCGGGUACUUCAGUGACCCGGUUGACCCGACCCGCUUAUGUAGCUUUAAGGGAUGCUUUUAGAAUGCGUGCUAGGAAUUUAAAGAAAGCACCGGAUUUCUCGUUGUUCGACACGUGUUUUGAUUUGUCGGGAAAGACGGAAGUGAAAGUGCCGACGGUGGUGAUGCAUUUCAAGGGAGCUGACGUGUCGUUGCCGGCGUCGAAUUAUUUGAUUCCGGUGGAUACUGAUGGAACAUUCUGCUUUGCAUUUGCUGGUACAAUGAGUGGAUUGUCUAUUAUUGGGAACAUUCAGCAGCAAGGUUUUAGGGUAGUGUUUGAUCUUGCCGGAUCUCGUUUAGGAUUUGCUCCACGAGGCUGUGCUUAAAUUAGUGACACGGGAUGAUUCAAAAUUUGCUUCCAAAAUCCCUGGUUUGUUGUGUUUGAUUGAUUUCUUUGGUUAGGGUGGAUUAGGAGAAGAAAAGAACAAUUGAUCACAUGCUGUUUGUUUGUAUUAUGUGAUAAUUUAAUGUUGUAAUAUGGGGAAGAGAUGCUUUGAAAGAAGCAAUUACCAACUAUGUUAGUAGAUUGUAAUUUGUAACUCAAAAAUUGUGUUUUCUGUAAGAUGAGCGAAGUUGAUAGUAGCCGCAAAAUGUGCGGCUCUGCUUAAACUUGGCAUUGCCUUAUAUAUUUGUUUUCUUCGAA